CCUUGGAUUCUUCCACACGCACUCGCGACAUGAUCGCGAUCGGUUCAUCACAGUUGACAAAGAAAAUAUCAAGCCUGACUGGCUAGACCAAUUCACACUGGAGACGCCGGCAACCAAUAACAAUUAUGAUUUAACAUAUGACUACGGUAGCCUGAUGCACUACGGAGCCACAAGCGCUACCAGAAACAAGCUGCCUACCAUGGUGCCAAAGGACGUGCAAUAUACACAGACCUUGGGGUCUCCUUUCAUUUCGUUCUACGACCUUCUCAUGCUUAACACACACUACAACUGCACUGACGCUUUGAAAGGCUGCAAAAUACACGCGCGUGCCAGAAUCAUGGAUUCGCUCAUCCUCGUGAUUGUUCCAGAUGUAUAUGUCCUAGCGGAUACGGUGGCCAGUUCUGCGAGAAGAAGCCACAAGAUAGAUUGCGCCCGUCGCGAAUUGAAUGCGACCAAAGAUUGGACACCGCUCGUCGACGACCUAGGCAAUCGGGCAGCCGGCGGUUUGCCGCGUGAGGACUUUAUGAAAUGCCACUACUGGAUCAAGGCCCCAUUCGGUUUUAAAAACGCAUGCAAGUUAAACUUCGCUAAACUUCACUGA